CACAUGCUGCAAAGAAUUAGAACUAGAAACUAUCCAAUGGAGGACGCACAGAUAGAAAUAAGACUGAACCAAGGAGAAUAUGUAGGGGGUGACAUUAUAUUUGGGACGGUGUUCGUCAAAGCAAUGGGGCAAUUACAAUCCAGAACAUUAAAACUGCAAAUCAGAGGCUAUGAGAAAAGUAGCCACCAGUACAACUACACGAUUGCUUUAGAGGGACAGGAUCAGUAUCAAACGAAAACUGGGAAGAGACAGUGGGAGAAGGUUUUCUUGGGAGAGGAAUUCAAAAUGGUGGAAUAUCCAAGUAUUUUGUGUACCAAACAAGCAUUUAUGCUUGUCUUUUGUACAGGUGGUUUUCCUAGAGGCGCAUUUUCUUUUUCGUUUCAGUAUCAGUUACCGCAUGGUGUGCCUGGUGUCUUCAACAUAAAGGAGGCUGACUCCAUGGAUGGUAGCAUAAAAUACAGCAUAGCGGCAUACUUCACCAACCCUCAACCAAAACAAAGAUUAUACGCAGAGGUCCCAUUAAUAGUGUAUGAUUCUCUAGACUGUCGUAACGCUCAUUACCCUCCAUCUAAACUCCAUUCGUCUGAUCGUGUGCAGUACCUUGUCUGUUUAAACAGAGGAUCAGUUCACUUAUCAACAAAGUUAGAUAAAAGUGCUUAUUUAAGUGAUGAAGAUAUUAGCAUUAAUGUUGAUGUUGACAACCAGUCCAGCCUUGACGUAUCAUCAGUAACUUUUACAUUCAAUAGAGUGUUGAGAUUUUUCGGUAAAGAUGGUGAAAGAGGAGAAUCAGAGUUAUCGGAUCGUGUUAACUUCACUCCUCUGGUCACACAGCAUCACGAAGCAAUACCACGUGGAACAAAAACAUCAUGGACAGAGAUAAUCAAACUAAAAGAAGUGAAUAAGUUACCUCCUAACACUUCAGGGAGUAUUGUCAGAUGUAAAUAUCAUAUUGAUAUCAAGCUACAUUGUCAGUAUUCGCUGGACAUUGAUCAAGUGCAGCAAGUCAUCAUCAAACCUCAUCACAACUCAUCAUGGGUGAUGUGGGAGCAACCAGAUUGGUUGGACGACUGUACCGUAGUAACUGUGAGAGCACCACUUACCGUCACCAGGGACCUACUAAGCUCUUCGUCAUUUGCUAAUGUUCUAUCACCAAGACAAGGAACUUUAUCAAGACAGUUGAAUUAAUUGUGUCCUCGUAAUUAGAAAAUUAAUGAUUUUUAAAUUAUAUAAUCAAUAAUAUUAAUAUUAAUUUUUGGUUGAAUGAAAGGCACAAAUGCAAA